UCGCGCCCCAAGUCGGGGAUGCAGCGACAGGCCUGACGACGACGACGACGACGACGACGACCGCCACCACGUGUGCCUCCGCGCUAGGAGCCUCACUCUUCCCCGUCGGCGCCACAGGCUAGCGAGGCGACGCCGAGACCAGCGUUCGAGCACAAGGGAACAAGGUAGAAGGCAGGGGAGAGAGGAGGAGGACCAGCGCCAUGGGCGGCGGCACGCAGAAGGGCGACCCGGAGCGGAGGUCGUCCGUCCUCUCCCUGGACUCGGAGGACGAGAACAAGCUGGUGGAGGUGAAGACGGGAUGCUGCGGCCUGGAUCCCACGACGGGGCGGGGCAAGCAGAUCCACCUGGCGCAGAUGCUGCUCCUGCCCUUCGUGCCCAUCAUGGCCCUCAUCAUACAGAACGGACUCAACAUGGUGAACGUCCUGCAGUACCAGUACGAGAUGCAGGAGACCAUUGAUCAGGUCCAGAUCAGCACGGGCCUGGGCAACGUGACGGAGGCGCUGCAGUCGGAGCGCGCCGAGAUCGCCUUCUACCUCUUCACCAACGGCUCCGUCAUCCGGAGGAACCUGUCGGAGCACUUCGCCUACACCAACUCCCUCAUCGACAACCUGAAGUGGCCCAAAUUCCGCAUUGAAGACCCGCUUUUCAAGAACAAGAUCCUGUUCCGCAUCCGCCUCGAUGACUUCCGGGACAAGAUCACCAAGUUCGACACGCCAUCUAUUGACGCCGGGAUAAAGUUCUACAACAGGGCGAACUAUAUCUUUCUGGACCAGCUGACCCGGGAGAUCAAGGAGAAGGACAGCUCGGGCGUGUGGCGGCCGCUGCUCGCCUACAAGAACCUGAUCCGCGCCAUCGAGCACCUGGGCAUCUCCAUGGUGUUCGGCGAGGAGUACUUCGGCAGGGGGGACCUCGACCACACCUCCUACCUCAACUUCGUCACCAACGACGCCCUCGGACAGGAUUUCCUCAAUGCUAGCAAGAGCUUUGCCUACUGGAUCAAGGACAGGUACCUCCAGCUGCAGCAGACAUACCCCUGGUACUCGAACAUCACGCGUCGACGCCAGGAAAUCAUAAACAGGGUCAAGAUCGAGCCCGACUUCGACAAGGCCACCGAGUACUUCUACGCCAUGCUGGGCUACCUGGACGCCCUGCAGAAGAUCCAGUACGAGAUCCGCACCCGGAUCGAGGAGACUAUUCUGUCGGAGGUGACGUCCUCCAACAGCCACGUGGUGGUGGGCAUCGCCAUACUGGCUGUUGUGCUUCUCAUUUCACCUGUCAUCAUCGUCCUCGUCAGGAUGGUGACGAGGACCUUACAGGCCUUCACGGAGACCUUGCAGUACAAGACGUACGAGCUGCGCUACGAGAAGAAGCGCUCGGACAAGCUGCUGUACCAGAUGCUUCCGCCGACGGUCGCUCAGCAGCUGAAGCAGAGGAAGCAGGUGUCGGCCGAGACGUACGAGUCGGUGACCAUCUACUUCAGCGACAUCGUGGGCUUCACGGAGCUGGCUUCGGAGAGCACGCCCAUGCAGGUGAUCUCGCUGCUGAACGCCCUCUACAAGAUGUUUGACUCGAGGAUUGAGCUCUACGAAGUCUACAAGAUCGAGACGAUCGGCGACGCGUACAUGGUGGCCUCGGGGCUGCCCCAGCGAGGGGAAGGCAAGGACCACGCGGCCGAGAUCGCCUCCAUGGCCCUGGACCUCCUGCAUGCCACCGAGAACUUCGUGGUGCCGCACAUGCCCGGCGAGCGCCUGCAGAUCCGCAUCGGCAUCAACACGGGCCCCGUGGUCGCGGGCGUGGUAGGCUCCAAGAUGCCCCGCUACACGCUCUUCGGCGAGUCCGUCAACAUCGCCUCCAAGAUGGAAUCCACCGGCCUGCCCUUCAAGAUCCACAUCACGGCGUCGACCAAGGAAGCCCUGGACAAGGUGGGAGGAUUCAUCAUGAAACUCCGCGGCGAGAUGGAAAUUAAGCUGAGUCAGAGGGUAUCGCCACAGGGUAAGGGCUCCAUGGAGACGUACUGGCUCAUCGGGAAGCACGGGAAGCUGCCCGAGCGCCGCGUCGAAUCCGACCGCGAGGAGGAGAUCGACGUCAUGGCCGAGAAUCCGCACACGGACGCCCGCAGGAAGCAGCGGAAGGCGCAGAAGAAGAAGGAGAGGGAGAACAAGGAGAAGUCCACGGUGCGCAGGGCCAUCGACUCCAUCAAGGAGCAUCUGCCCAACCAUGAAUAAUGAUUGUAGAAUCAUUACACACUUGGGAGUUCAAAAGCUAAGCCUCCUGAAAACUACGUCGCGCGGGAUACAACAGCUGCAUUGAAGCGGGCGUAAACAACACAUGCGAGAACCGCCCCUUUCGCGAGGGCAAACAUGACUGUGUGUGUGUGUGUGUUUGGUUUACUUUAAGCCAAACAGUAAAACGUAUCGUAUGAAACUUGUCAUAAACGACCAGUUCAUGCUGGUGAGACUCAUGCGGCCAAGGGUGCCCACUGCACGUGAACCUUUGCUCGCCAGGUCACACACACGCUGUGACCCCGGGUUCUGCGAGUGUCGAGGCAUCCACUCUGCGCGGCCCUGAGGGUUGGUCUCGAGCUCAUGCUGAAGAAGCCUACGUGUCAGCAGAGAGAGUAUAUGUUUGUAUAUCAUUAAGCCACUUAGUUCAUCUGUAGCUGUAAAUACACAAUAGUUGCUUCGCGGGGAGCCCUUCGCACGAGCUGCCAAGGCGAGGUCAUCGAGGACGCCGCCCGGAGGCGAGGUCACCCCAGCAGCCCGACCUCUCUUCCGGCCAGAGUGCCUCGUGGACGGCGCAUUCGUGGCUGUGCAUUGCGGGUGCCUCGAAGGCGAGUUCCAGUGCCCGUCGGGUCGCGGCAGCCAUGGGGCGUGGUCGACGUCCUCCGGUGGCCCUCCAGUAGGCUUGCAUUUCGCUGUCACUUGACUGAACAUGUAUCGAUUUAUUCUACUUCUCACCCUGAUGCAUCAUGACUACGUAAGUCCUCAUCGUCCUCCGCGAGAUUUCACGCGCGUAGGCCAUGGUGAGCGAUUUCAUUUUUACGAAAAUAUAGAUCAUAAGAUGGAUUCCAUGCUCACCGCAGUGUUCCGAAGACAAGACACGCCGCAUAUGUCACGUCAUCCUACCUCUUCAUAUCCUGUGUCUCUCUUAUACAUACAGUGUUGUUGGAACAUGUUCAAAAGUACUUGCUAUGAUUGAUUCUUACUGACGUAGUUAGUCACUCUUUGAUUUCCAUUUAAUAUAGCCUGAAUAAUCAUGGUCUUGUAUAAGUGUUAUUUGGGAGUAAAUUAUGUUGAAAAUGUGAAUACAGGCAAACCGCGGAGAUUGAGCUCCGAUGUCUGGCUGCAGCAUUUCGCACUGGACCAAAAUUUCAAAUCGGAGCAGAUCUCACUCUCUCGUGCCAUUAUGCUGUACAUUGCUAAAUCAUGAGUCACAGUUUUGAUAUUCCCAAUUUGACUGUUUUCUUUUUGUAUUGUGUAUUUUUAAGAGUUUCUGCUUUGUUGUGUUAUCACUUUACCCAAAUAGGUCUGGGAAGAGAACCUUCUUGUAGUGCUUUUAGAGGAUAACUGACUGAUAGAAAAUUAUGUCUGUAAGGUAUGCGGUAGACGAAACUAGACUAUUAUUUUAUGACUAAGGUAAUGUGAUAACUAAUAUCUUAUGUUUUCCUUUUGGCUUCUUCCUGUCGCUACUGCUUUUUCUUCCUUUCAUACUAACAUUGUCAUACACGAACAGCUACACUACUACUACUACCAAUAGUAAUAUUGAUAAUGAUUAUAAUACGAUCACACCUUAUUCAUAAAUGAUGUUUAAUGUUUACUUCUAGGCUGUACAGUAUUGCAUCAUUCCCUCACCCACAUGCAGCCCUUCCUCAUGAUCACUUCAGACACAUUAUCACCUGCGGUCUCUCCGAUCUUGAGUGCCAGUUCAGUUGUCAGGAGAGAAGUCUGGGGAACAGUUUUGAAACCUGUCUGUCGCCUCUACUUCCCUAGCCCGUCUCUUCUCUCCCUCUGCGUCCUUCUCUCGCUCUCUCGCUCUCUCGCUCUCUCUCUCUCUCUCUCUCUCUCUCUCUCUCUCUCUCUUUCUUUCUCUCUCUCUAUCUAUCUAUCUAUAUAUCUAUCUCUCGUCUCCCUUUCCACUUGUCUCUCAUUUCUCAUUCCGCAUUUUAUAUUUCACAUUCUCACAUAUAUAGGCAUCAGUGUAUACCUGAAAGUAGGAAAUAGGAAAUAUUCACGUAGGAUCAUCCUCGGUAACAUUAUUUUUCCAAUGUUAUUUGUGGCUUUGGAUUCUGUAACUAGUAGUCAGAGUUUUGCACUUGCACUAGGCCAACUGUGUCUAUGAUAAGCUAUACCAUGUAAUGUAGAUAAAUAUAAAUUUAGACUUUAAGGACUGACCGUGUGCUGUACAUAUUCCACAACUGUAACGUCGAUGAUCUGCCAAUAAAUAUUUUAGUU